AUGUCGGUGUUGAAAUAUCAGAGUCGGAGGUUCUUCUCAGUGAUGGGAAGGGACAGCGCCGACCUCUCUUCCAAGAUUUCGAAGAGAAUGACGCCAAAGUAUACACAAAAACCACUGGGAAGUUACCCGUUUCCGCCCGAACAUGAAAUGCUCUGGAAAAACAGGAGGACUAUUCUCGGGGGUUACUUUCAGCAUUCAAUCUCGCCUUUUCAACUUAAAUUUGUAUAUCCACUCAUACACCAAGGGCCUGCAAGAGUGUGGGCUAAGCUUUCUCAGACGUUCUGGUGGGUAAUCUGGCCACUUUCUAUGGGAUACCUAGGCUUCAAAACAAUUGAAAAAUUGCAUCAAAAAUACUUAAAACGACAUAACUAUUUUUAA